GCGUCCCCUGGAGCCCCGCCCCCCUCCCCUCCUUUCCCCUCCCCUCCCCCGCCUGCCCCCCAAUAGCCCCCUGCCCCCCUCCAGGGCCUCCUGCCCCCCCUCCCCCAACAGCCCCCUGCCCCCUUCCCUGCCCCCCCUUCACCUCCCAACAGCCCCCUCCCUGGACCCUCAACACCCCUACCCCUCUUCCCUGCCCCCCCUCCUCGCCCCCAACAGCCCCCUCCCCUCUCCCCCGGCCCCCCAGAGCCCCCUGCCUCCCUCACCCCGCAGAGCACCCUGCCCCCCCACAACUCCUUGCCCCCUCCUCACCCCAAAGAGCCCCCUGCCCCCCCACCACCUCCCUGCACCCCCCCCAGGGGGUCCCUGCAGGCGGGCCGCCCCGCCGUCCCCCCCACGUGCGAUGCAGGCCCCCGCGGGGCCCAUUAGCGCGGCGCGGUCCCCGGUGGCACUCGUUAGCGAGGCGGGCACGGGCAUCGCAGGCCCCCGGGGCCCGGCCGGCGCGUUGCUAGGAGCUGCCAGCAAGGCGCGGCAGGCGGGCGCUCGACGACGACGCCACCGCCGCCAUGGCCGCCCGCGCCGGCGUCUGGCUGCGCCGCAGGGCCCAGGCCCGCCCGCUCGUGCGCACCCGGGAGUCCACCAGCGCCCCGCCAGGCGCCGUCCGCGCCUGGAUCCUGGACCCCGCGGGCGAGGCCUACUACUGGUGGCUCAACCUCAUGGUGGUGCCCAUCAUGUACAACUGGAUCGUCCUGAUCUGCAGGGCCUGCUUCGUGGAACUGCAGGAGCGCUACCUGGUGCUGUGGCUGGUGCUGGACUACGCCUGCGACCUGCUCUACUUGCUGGACGUCACCGCGCGCUUCCACACCGGCUUCCGGGAUGACGGCAUCCUGGUGCGGGCGCGGGGCCGCAUCGCGCAGCGCUACGCCCGGUCGCGCCAGGCUCUGUGGGAUGCGGCCUCGGUGCUGCCCACCGACCUGCUGUACGUGCGGCUGGGCCUGGGCGCGCCGGCCGUGCGCGCCAACCGGCUGCUGCGGGUCGGGCGGCUGUGGGAGGCCUUCGAUCGCACGGAGACGCGCACGGGCCACCCGCACACCUUCCGCAUCGCCAAGCUGAUGCUCUACGUCUUCGUCACCAUCCACUGGAACGCCUGCGCCUACUUCGCCCUGUCCGAGUUCCUGGGCCGCGGCAGCGACACCUGGGUGUGCCCCGACGCCAGCCAGCCUGGCUUCGACCGCCUGCGGCGCCAGUACCUCUACAGCUUCUACUUCUCCACGCUGGUGCUGACCACGGUAGGCGACACGCCGGAGCCGCAGCGCCCCGUCGAGAUGCUCUUCAUGGCCGCUGGCUUCCUGCUGGGCAUCAUGGGCUUCGCCACCAUCAUGGGCAGCAUCGGCUCGGUCAUCUCCACCAUGCGCAGCGCCGACGCCGCCUUCUAUCCCAACUACGACCUGGUGAAGCACUACCUGCGGCUGCACCGCGUGGGCCGGCGCCUGGAGCGCCGCGUGGGCCGCUGGCACCAGCACCUGCGGCUGGAGAAGAAGCUGACGCACGAAGGCCGCAUCCUGCAGCACCUGCCCGAGCGGCUGCGGGCCGAGGUGGCGGUGAGCGUGCACCUGGCCACGCUGCGCAAGGUGCAGCUGUUCCAGAGCUGCGAGCGCUCGCUGCUGGAGGAGCUGGUGCUCAGGCUGCAGCCCCAGGUUUACAGCCCCGGCGAGUACGUGUGCCGCAAGGGCGACAUCGGCCGUGAGAUGUACUUCAUCCGCGAGGGGCGCCUGGCCGUGGUGGCCGACGACGGCAUCACGCAGUACGCCGUGCUGGGCGAGGGGCUGUACUUUGGGGAGAUCAGCCUCAUCAACAUCAAAGGUAACAAGUCAGGGAACCGGCGCACGGCAAACAUCAAGAGCAUCGGCUACUCGGACCUGUUCUGCCUGUCCAAGGAGGACCUGAUGGCCACGCUGGCCGAGUUCCCCAGCGCCAAGGUCAUGAUGGAGGCCAAGGGCCGUGAGAUCCUGCUCAAGCUGGACAAGCUGGACGUCAACGCCGAGGCAGCCGAGAUCGCACGGGCGCAGGCGGCCGAGGCGCGGACGCAGGCGCUGGAGGCCGCGCUCGACGCCCUGCAGACCAAGGUGGCGCGGCUGCUGGCCGAGCUCGAGUCCAGCGCCUUCAAGAUCGCUCUGCGCCUCGAGCGCCUCGAGUGGCAGAACCGCGACCGUCCCACGCCCCCCGGCGCCCGCAACCUGCCUGACCCCUGACCCCUGGCCCUGCUCCUGGUGGGGUGGGGCGGGAGGAGGACAGACCAUGCCCCACCCCAGCACACCGGAGAGUCAGGAAAGGGUUAACCCGUCCCAUGCUCUGUCAACAGUUGCUAGGGAACCAGCACAACAGUCACUAGGCAACCGCUUCUCUGCCCCCCCUCCCCAGCAGCUCUGCCCCCUCCCCGCCCCCCUGCAGCUUCCGCCCCCACUUCCCCCUCCCCCACCUGCAUCCUGCUCCUGUGCCCCCCCCCCACCCUGCUCCCCUGGGACCCUUGUCACCCCCCCAUAGUGCCUGCCCCUGCCCCCCCAUGCUUGUGCCCUCCCUGUGCGUGUGUGUGUGUAUGCAUGGGAGUGUCACAUGCAUCUGCAGCAUGUGACUACACGUGCCUUCGUGUGUUUGUGACCACAUAUGCACACCUACAGUCAGACACGUACGUGCCCGUGUACGCAGGGAUACCACGCGUGCAAGUAAACAUCUGCAUGCA